AUGGGUACGAAUAUGAACAUGCACUCCCGAACCCGAAACUACUGGACCGCCGAGGAAGAUCAAAUUCUCAGGGAGGAGGUUAUGGUGCAGGUAAGCACCCUCGGCAGCGUCAAAGACUGGACGACCAUCGCCGCACGGCUCGACUCGCGGCGCACGAACAAAGACUGUCGGAAGCGAUGGAGCAAGCUCGAAGGGAACGUGAAUAAGGGGGUGUGGAGUGGGGAUGAGGAUGAGAGGUUGAGGAGAGCGGUGGGGGAGUUUGGGUUUGCAUGGACGCUCGUAGCGCAGGAAGUACAGACGAGACAUGCGGAUCAAUGCGCCAAACGAUGGAAUCAUUUCCUCGAUCCGAAUCUCAUUCAUGAUGGAUGGACGGACGGAGAAGAUGAGCGGUUACUUCGCGCGGUGGGGACGUAUGGACGCGUGUGGAGGGUCAUUAGUGAGAAGGAGUUUCCGCGGAGGUCGGCGACAGAUCUUAAGAAUCGGUAUAUGAUCGUCCAACGCAAACGAGCGCUGGGAAAACCACAUUCUUCAUCUACGUCGCCGGAUGGAAAUCUCGCUCCGGAGAGUACCUCUGGCUAUGAAUCCGACUCCGACGAAGGCAUUCACCAGAACCAUCCCGCAGACCCAUUUACAAUCCCCCCCACAGACCCUACAAUGCACUACGACCCAGACCUAGACCUAGACCUCGACAUCGACAUGACUCUCCUUCCUGAACUGAUCUCCUCCAUGCCCGACCCCUACCCAUUCGGUCCUCUCGACCCACAAUUAUCCACCACCACCACCACCAGCCCAUCCACACCCCCCGGCCUCCCCGAUCCGAAUGCAUCCAUGUUCUACGCCCUCGAUGAUUACACCUGGCUAGAUCCAGAUCCUACGCUGUCGCAAAUGCCGGAGGAUAGUGAGAUGAUGCAGGCUGUACCGGUCUCAUCUAGUACAAGUGUGAGUGGCAGUGGAAGUGGCAGUGGAUCCACCCCCCAACAAUGCCCCGAUGCUGUAGCGGCACUGAAAUAUAAUCUUCUGCUGGAGGACGUGCAGCCCGAAACGCUGAGUCAUAUUAUGGAUGUGGUGCUCAAGUCGCAGAGACAGGUGAAGAUGAAGUUGAGUAGUGCGGAGUCGUUGGGGGGGUAUGCAUAG